AUGGAUACAGAAGAAUGUUCAUAUUCAUGGAAACAAGACUCAAAGCUCAACAACCACAUCCCAAUAGCUCAACUAAUGCAAGUACUCGAAGCUCUUAAACAAGCUUCUCACAAUAUACAAAACCACCAUAAUCACUUUUCAGAUUCCGAUUAUUCACCAUCCAUAAAAGCACUUUUCCAACUCCAAACAAUUCUCUCCACCGAUUCCAUCCUCUCUCAACACCUUAACCGCCUCAAGACCCUAGUCGACUCGCUUCACAACUCAAAACCGAGUAUCAAAUCGUUCUUAACUCGUCCUCUCGCCACUCACUCCAUCACUAAAGUCGCCGCCGCCAUUGAAUCCGAACUCCAGUCAUGGAUCGACUACGAAACCAUCACCGCCGUCUCUAGUUUCAUCUCCACCACCAACAACAACAACGACGAAAACAAAAACGAGUUGCUUCCGCUUUUAACUCGUUUCUCUCAGCGACUCUCACAAGGCUUCAACCGCGAGUUACAACAACUCGUUCUCAGUUUCAAACUCUUCUCUUCCCUCGAAUCGCUUCUCUUGGACGAUAAAUCCUCUCACCGUAUUCGCGAACACGCCGGUACUGCAAUCGCGGCCUUGAUUCGUUUCAACAAGGAUGUAUUCGUCGGUAAACUUUGUAUGAGUCCAACCGUUCGAGCUUUGGUUAACAUCGCUUCCGUUCGUUCAAUCGAAGUUCUCUGUUCUCUAAUCAGAUCAAUUAGGUCACCGAUCGUCGAUGAAGUCGAAUCAAACGGUGAAAUACCAAAAAUCAUAGCGUUGUUAAGUUCUCAUGAAACGAAAUUAAAUGUUUUAGCGAUGGAGUGUGUUCUUGAAAUUGGCUAUUACGGAAGGAAGGAAGCGGUUGAAGGUAUGUUGAAGGAAGGCGUUGUGGAGAAGCUUGUCGAAUUGCAGAGAUUGGAGGUUAAUAAUGGAAGGAACAGUGAUUUUGCAAACUGUGUAAAGAGAUUUGCAGUGCAAUUGGAGGUUGGGGAAGGGUUGAGGCAAAGAGAGAAAAGGGAAUUUAAGGGUGAAAUAUUGAUGAGAGUUAGAAAAGUUUGUGUUUCUGAUGCUGAAACUGUUAGUAUUGUUGCUGAAGUUUUAUGGGGUACUUCUCCUUAG